AUGUUGGGCAUGGCAGUCGUUUUCCUGGUCCUUGCAUCAACUCUUCUGGGAGUGGCAAUUGCUGACAAGACAAUUGGCUACUGCAUCAUUGGGGCAGGCCCUGCCGGCAUUCAGCUGGGCCACUUCCUCCACCAUUCAGGCAGAGAUUAUGUCAUCUUCGAAAGCAAUGCACAUGCUGGCAGUUUCUUUGACAGAUUCCCGCGUCACAGACAGCUUAUUUCGCUGAACAAGCGUAAUGUGCGACAAGGGCGUUCCGCAGAAUUUGCCUUUCGGCAUGACUGGAAUUCGUUGAUCGAUGUUCGAAGAGCCAAUCGCACUCGUCCAGUGACACAGAGGUCAAAGGAGCUUUUCCCAAAGGCUGACGUGCUAGCAGCGUAUUUGCGCGAGUUUGCAGAAGAGCAGCACGAAAACAUCCGCUACAAUGCGAAGGUUCGGAAAAUCAGCCGUCAAGCUGUCCCAGCUGGCAGCGGCAAUGCGAGCCAGGUCUUCGUGGUCAAGCUGGAGGGCGGUGGGAGAGCCCGCUGCCGGGAAGUGAUCGCUGCACAUGGCCUUUCAGCUCCGAGAAAGGGCGCCCGUGCCAUAGAUGGCGUCCAGUGGACAGAAAGUUACGAGGACAUGCCCGAGACUGGCGAAGCUUUCGAGGGCAAGUCCGUAAUGGUGCUGGGCAUGGGAAACGCAGCGCUGGAAACAGCACAAGAGCUGCAGAAGUACACAGCAGAGGUGCAUCUCCUCGCACGACCACGCCCGUUGCCUGAAGGCGGAGCAGGAGUACGCCUUGCCUACCAAACGCACUACGUUGGAGAUAUCAGGGCGGGUCGAACCACCAUUCUGGACACCUACUUAUUGAAAAGCUUGGACGUGUUCGACUUUGAUGCCAUGCUGGACAACAAAAUGGUGGUGAUCCCAUGCAAGGGCAGCCGCAGGUGCAUUUGGCUGGCGAGCAUCGAUCUGUGCGCAGACGACACAUGUAGAGAGCGCUUUUUCGAAGCAACGCAGAACCUGGAAUUCAUGCUGCUCAUGGGGCGUAUCGCGUCUCAGCAUGAGCCGCAGGUGCGCGAAUUGCUGGAGCGCUUGGCUCCUGGCGAGGAAGGCCAAGGUUGGCAGCUUGACAUGGCCGAGCAGCUCGACCCAAAGAUAGAGUCAUUCUUCUCCAAGAACAGCUAUCCUUCAACCCUUGACCCAAUGGUGUACAAUGGGUCCUACACGUGGGUCAUGGUCAAGUCUGGGCUUCUACGACGCAAUGCCGAAUUGAUGGAUGCAAUGGCGGACUUCCGCAUGAAGUACGCGGCAAAGCACACGCGCUAUCCAGUUGAUCAUGUCGUGAGAUGCUUUGGCUGGACAAUGGACACCAACAUGCUGGAUUCUUCAACUAGACCUGAGAUGGUGGACAACGGCAAAUAUCCUAAGAUCUCUGACACGUUCGAGGUUCAAGGAGUGCCUGGCUUCUUCGCAGCUGGCACCAUAGCUCACAGCCUGGACUUCAGAAAGUCUGCUGGAGGGUUUAUUCAUGGCUUUCGAUACACGGCGCGAUGCCUCUUUCGCUUCUUGGAGGAGAAGAAUUUCGGCGUGGCCUGGCCGGAGAGGCUCUUCCGAUUGGACCGGGUCGACGAGUUCCUGACCUCGCCUGUGCAUUCUGAAACAGUACCCUGGCUCUGCGAGCGUGAGACCGCCCGAUCCAGCGGCGUUGCUGGCCUGGCGCAGCUUCUCAUCGAUCGAGUCAAUGAGGCCUCAGCGCCUUAUCAAAUGUUCGAGAUGCUAGGGGACAUGGUCGUCUUUGAGAAGAACAGCAGUGAGAAGGUGUGGAUUGGUCGGUACUUGGAAGAUGUUCCGCUGAACCACUUCCACCAUCGAUUCGCUUUGAGCCCGCGGCUAACUUGGACUUUCCGAUACAGCGAGGCCUUCCAUGGGCCGAUGGUUCUGUCAAUGGAUCGAGUUGGUGCCAGCGAUGCGUUCAAAGCGCAUCUGUCCAACUUUCUUCACCCGUACAUGGCCUUCUUCCCCGCCAAUGCCUCAAAGCCAGCAAGAGAGUUUUGGUUUCCAGAAGACGUGCACACGCAGUGGCAUGCCGAUGAGAUUACGAUGCCUUUCCGCAACUUCCUCGCUCGAGUUGUUAAUGAUGUUAUUGAUUCAGAGGCCGAAGCAGAAUUGGUCACCUGA